GUAAGAGGGGUGUGGUAAGGAGUGGAAAGGAUGUAAUGCAGAAUGCGUAUCUUCUGUGUAACCAGUUUACUUUCAAAUCUCAAGACACUUUGUCAAAAUGGCGAGUGAAGUCUCUUAUGCAGAUAUACAGAUACUACCAGAAGAAAGAGUGUGUUUUACUUCACAAACUUUGGAUCCAGGCCUUGCUGGACCAUAGGCAUAACUAACAGUGUGAACCAAAGGCUGUGACCCAGAUUAGGCCUGGCCUUCGCAGAACAGUAACACACUCGGAGAGAGGAGUACCUAUGCUGAGGUGAAAGUACAUUGGAAAUCUGACAGCACAUCAGAGGCUACCCGUUCAGGUCCCACCUCUCAGUGCUCAGGCUGGUUGUAUAUUAUUGCAGUCCUUGGGAUUAUUACACUGAUUCUGCUAGUUACUGUGAUCCUCUUAGCUCUGCGCUGUGUAAACGUGUAAUGAUAACUCAACUCAGCAAGUCUCUCUUCAAUGAAAGAUCAUCAAAUGCUGGUUGAAAGUGCUCAUAAAUUGCUCUUUCUUUUAAAUGACUUUGAUAAAAGAUAGGCUUUCAGUUUGAUCACUGUGACACUCUGUACCUCGGGGGAACACCUUGCACCCCCAUGUUCAUCCUUAUAAUAUGAUUGUGUGGUAUCCAAUGCAACGUUUGUCAUGUUGGGUGUCUUUGGAAGGCUCAUGAUGCACUGAGUAUUGUUGUUAUAGUAAUAUUAUAGGUUGUAAUUUCAUGUAUAUAGUUGUGAGGCUGAAAAUAUGUCCCCAUGGCUUAAAACAAGCCCAGGCAAAACUCUCCAAGAGCAGAGAGGCAGUUCACACCUCGUCAGGGCAUGUAUGGGACAAACCCAGCCCAGCCUCACAGGAACAAAGUACACCGGCCUAGGCAGCAACAAAAGAUCUGUUGGACUCUCGAGUGAGUCACCCCCCUUUCCUUGGUCAGUUUGGGACUACAUUGAGGUAAUGCUCAGCUGACUCUGAAGGGGUGGGGCACAAAGCCAAGAGGGAAGAAAGAACAUAAUAAAAAGGAGAGACAUUUGCAAUGCGCUCUCUCUUCUAACUCCAACUACAGAAACCACCACCAAGCGACUGAAGCACUGAUCAAAGGAGAGAGCCUUGAUGAAGGGCAACCAGCCAGCCUGUGGUAGAUUGUGGAGAGGGCAGGACUGGGGAUUUGCUUUACAUACACCCCUAGCUCCUUUCAGCUGGACACUGAAACCUUCAUUUUAUUUCUUCACCUGCCACUCAGGCUUCACACAAGAUACCAACUAUGCCGAAGAUCUUGAUCCUCCCAGCGCUGCUUGUUUUGCUUAUGCCUCCUCUCAUACAAGCACAAGAGGAUCUAAGUGGGGACAAAUCUGAGGAAUCUGAUGCCUUUGAAUCUGGGCAAGCAAGUGAGGAGCUUAGCGGAGAAGCAAGUGGUGAACCUAGUGGACAAGUCAGUGGAGAGCUAGGCUGGGAGCCCAGUGGGCAAUCUAUGGGUCAAUCCAGCCUCCCCGAGGAAAGCAGUGGAAGUGGAUUUGACCCCUCAUAUGAAAUAGAUUGAGGUGGAUGAAACGUCCCCCCUGCUCCCUUCACAUCAUCAGCUGCAUUGAAGGAAAAUUCAAGCCUCAAAAUGAGAAGCACAACAUCACCCUUGAGAAAUGAGUGUGUAGAGCAUUAGCAAGAGUGCUGAUGAGUCUGUUAAAUUUCUAAUAUUUGUGAUUAUUCUCUUAAUAAACUAUUUAGGGUGCAUUAUA